AUGUCACAAGCUCAUUCUCAAGACAAACAUCAUCCCGAUAGCCAUGGCCAAGAUAGCCAUGGUCAAUCCGAUGCCCAAGAUCAACCCCGAAAUAGCGAUCAACCUCAAGCCUUAGUUCAACCUAACUCGUUUAAAUUCCAAGUUGAUAUUGAUGCUGGCAAUUUUAGCUUCUUUUCCAAGCUACCUCUCAAAAUACAACGCAACAUUUGGGAGAUUGCUGCUGUCCCAAAACCUCGGGUCAUUGAAAUUGAAACAAUUUGUGAGCGAGAUGCUGAAGGAAAAAUUCAUCUCACUGAUGACGACGAUGAUAAUAUUGUAGAAUGGAGUCCUACACAGUGUUCACCGACACCGUUACUUGAAAUCUGUCGUGAAUCACGGUCGAUUGCCAUGAAGCAUUAUAAAUACUCUAGCUUCCUCGAUCGUCCUCUAUUUUACAACACAGAUCUAGACACUCUGUGGGUUAGAGGAAAUCCGCUUUUCAGAUGCUUCGUUGUUGAAUUAGGAUUCGAAACGACACUAGAAGUUUCAUCUUGGCACAGAUGUUCUCCCGAAUCGGUGCCAUACCUUUUUCGCUCUGUUGCCCUUGACUUUGCGGGAAUCAAAGCACAUCAUAAGAUUUUUCCUUGGGAGGGAAAUGUACCGCAAGACCCCAAUCUUUGCGAGCUUUAUGCUGUCUCUAGAACAGAGGUGGAAGAAGUCUACAUUGUUUACUCUUCUGGGGACUGCCGGGAUGAAGUUGACCAGGAAGUAAAAUACUUGGUGGAACAAAUGAAAUGGAUUACCCAACAACCAUACAUCAUUGCAUGGAUCCAGAAGAUGCUGAAAGAGAGGAACGAACGAGAUGGCACGAACUUAACGAAGUGGAAGAUGCCUACUGUUAAGGCAAUUCUGGAUACUCGACUUCUUAAUCCCGUCGAAACAUUCCACAACUUUCCUAAUCUUCCUCUCGAAUUACGACGCGCGAUUUGGAAAUUUGCCGCUAUCCCGCACUAUCGCGCCAUUCAAAUAGAAACCAAGUACGAAGGAGUCACAGUUGAAUAUGGCCGCCCCCUAAAUGUUUGGAGAAGGCAAGCUGCUUCACCUUGUUACCCGAAUGGGCUUUUCGAAACCUGCCGCGAAUCCCGUGAGAUUGCAAUCACGAAACAUGACCAUAGUAAGGUUCAUACUAUCUCUACUCCACUUAAAGAAGGGCGUAAUAUUCCGCGUCGAUUUUACUAUAACGUGGACAACGAUAUCAUGUGGAUGAGAGGAGACCCUUUACGCAAGACCGGUUCACCAGAAGUUGAACACGGAUUUCUAGACAAAAUUCCUCAUGAACAAUUUUCAAACAUUGCUAUUGACGUCGAAACGUUGAUGGAGUCAAAUUUUCCUCAAGAUCCAGCGCAUUCAUAUCCUGCGGACUUUUUCAACCGAACAGAAUUCUUCUUUGCCAUGCCAUUCUUUCAAAAUUUGGCCGUAAAAAAGGUGUAUUUAGUUUGCUCUAGAGUGGACCAAAUCGGCGAAGCUUAUGAGAUUCUCGAAGAUUUGCUCGAUUUCAUCAAUGAUCAUGAACAAGAAAAAUGGGAAAUAUUAAAUUCGAGGAUGAUUCGCGAGGGCAUUACAGGUCGUCUAUGGACAUGGCCUGUACUCGAAGUUAUUUUGGAGUCCGAUUUAUUUGAAAACACAAAAGAUGGGAGCGGUAACAUCAUUUUGGCUUCCAAUUGUCAUGAUCGGAGGAGUUAUCUAAUUGAAAAUUGA